AUGAUAUCCUUGGCUAUUGUAGCCAUUGUGCUAUUCGCUGCCGUGGGAAGCAAGGUUGCAAUCCUGGAUCUGAUUCUCGCACACAGUGCUAACCUUUGGCAGCUCUUCACGGCGGUCGGGCGGCGCAUCGCUGCAUGGACAUUCCUGUUCGACGGUGACAAUAUCAUUCAGUCCAAAUUUGAGCUUGUAAGUAUCAGUGAUCAUGUAAAGUCAGAAGAAACGCUGAGCCUGUCACAGUCCAACAAGGAGCCUUUCGAGGUUUUGGCGCCAGACAACCGAUAUGUCUUCAUCUCCUCCCCGAAGCAUAUCAAGGAGCUAGACACUGCUCCUGACACCGUCCUUUCUCUCCAGGCCGCCUCGAAACAGGUGUGUCCACCUGCAUGUAUGCAUAAACAGUCAUAAUCUGAAGCUCAUCUUCUGUAGAUGCUGCAGCCGUUGUACACCAUGCACGGAUUCAACUGGUUCAACGUGAGGGGAACCGAAGGGGUAGGCUUUGUGCGCGCCCUACGCACGUUGUUGACAAACAACCUGCCCCAGAUCUUGCCCAACCUUGGCAGGAUCACCCUUUCUCGUUUUGAGGAGAUGCGCCUUACCCAUCCGGUGGUCAAUGGUAUUGUUCCUACGGGCCUACUUUGUUUCAUGGUUCGGUCAAGUCUAACUGACUUCUAGGGGAGUACCAAACUCCCGUUUAUCCCACAAUUCUCUCGCUGGUCGUCCUUUUGAACGCAGUUUCAUUCUUUGGGAGCGACUUGGGUAUGUAUUCAUCAGAAUACAGGACCUGAUUCGGAGGCUAAUUGAUUCUCUAGCAAAAUAUGACGACUUCAUGCAUGCAGGUUUGGCAUACAUUGAAGAGACACUGAUAUGUGCCGAACUUAUCCGCUUGACACCAGAUUUCCUUGCACCGUGAGUCUAACUUCUCAAGGCAUACUCUAAUUAAUAUGACAAUACUAAUGAGAUGCACCAGAUUACUAGGAACCAUCAUGGUACGCAAGCUCAAGUCACACAAGGUGUUAUACAACACUUUGCUACCAGUGGCACAGCAACGAUGCGCAGAAAGGGACCUUGCAGCACUUGGUCAUUCUGUGCCAAAACAUGUUCGUCCGCCCCCAAGAUCACGUGUGUUCAAUGCUAACAGUCGAACUUUCAAGGCUGACUGCAUUCAGUGGAUCAUGGAGACGUCUCCGAAACAGCGGCCUUGGUCACCUGAACGCAUCGUCCAUGAGUUGAUGGCCAUCUGGUUUGGCUCCGUGCACGCCCUCUCAACGGCAAGUUCUGAGCCUUAAGCCUGUCCAAUUCAUGUGAUUUCAUAUUAACAGGACACAUCCAGACCAUCACGUUUGAAAUUCACGAUCUCUCUCUCUACCCCGAGCACGUUGAACCCAUCCGCAAAGAGCUUGAAUCCCAGUAUGGCAACUUUGAACGGACCGGUCAAGGACUCCCAUUAUUGGAUAGCUUCAUCAAGGAAUCGGCUCGGCUGACACCUGUCGAAGCAAGCAAGUCGCGCCGCUUCCCCUUUCCGUUUGGAAUCCUAGCUAACCUUGUAAAGUGAGCACUCGUCGGUCGGCUUUGAUUCCCUUUACACUAUCCGAUGGCACAAAAUUAAACGUUGGGGACUGGGCGUGCACGCCUGUAAAGUCCAUCAUGCAAGACCCAGAGUUCUACCCCGAGCCAUUGCGUUUCAAUGGAUUCCGCUUCGCCGACCCGCAGCUUGUUCCCCAGCUCCUUGCUGAAAAUUAUCCGAUGCAGCCCAAGCCAACCAGGCUGUGCGAUGUUGACAACACGUUCCAUGUAUGGGGGACUGGUAGGAUGGCAUGGUACGUCUUGGGACUUUGCUCAAAGGUCGCUCCCUCACUAACUCUUGUUCUAGUCCUGGGCGCUACUAUGCCGCAGCUGCCAUGAAGGUCAUUCUCGGCAAGGUCAUAAUGAAUUAUGAUUGUGAGCUGCUGCGGCCAGACGAGCCUCGGUGGCUUAGGUGGCGGUCAACGACACUCCCCAAGCAGAGCACCAAGGCUAUUUUUACCCCACGCAAGCCGGAGCUUCUAUAG